AUGUCGAGUUCAACGAAACUACGCGCUGCCAUUCUCAUUGUAUCGGAGACCGCAUCUCAAGACCCUUCCUCUGAUAAAGGCAUACCCGCCCUUCAAAGCGUAUUUGUCGAGAGUGGUGGAGAUCAAUGGUCAGCGGAGGAGACGAGUAUCGUGACUGAUGAUGCUCUGGAUAUACAAAGGGCGAUUACUGGAUGGACUGAUGGCGAGGAUCCGGUGAAUUUGGUUGUUACGAGUGGUGGAACUGGGUUUACGCAGAAGGAUGUCACGCCUGAGGCGGUAACACCCUUACUCCAUAAGCACGCAUCCGGACUUGUUCACACCAUGCUUUCCACAUCUUUGGCUGUCACGCCUUUCGCCGCUAUGGCUCGUCCAGUUGCGGGAGUCCGAAACAAGACCCUUAUCUUAACUUUGCCUGGAUCACCGAAGGGCGCCAAGGAGAACCUCGAAGCUGUCCUCAAACUUCUCCCACAUGCUUGCCAGCAAGCUGCAGGAGCGGACUCGAGAGCUCUCCACGCUGGUGGUGUUAAGAAACUGGAGCAGGAUGCGGGUGUCAACGGUUCGGUGAAAUCUACACCUGGCCACCAUCAUCACGACCACUCGCACUCGCACUCGCAUUCACACGGACACGGACAUGGCCAUCAUCACGGACCAAAAGCACAUACCAGACCAGAGGAUCGACCGCUAUCAAAUGACCCAAACGCUGGUGCUUCGAGACGUUACCGUGAAUCGCCCUAUCCUAUGCUAUCUGUAGACGACGCGCUGCAAGAAAUCGCACAGAACACUCCGUCACCGAGAGCGAUCAAAGCAGCCGUAGAUGAGAACCUUGUCGGAUCUGUCCUGGCAGAAGACGUAACCGCCAAAGAAUCUGUUCCAGCUUUCAGAGCCAGCAUAGUCGACGGCUACGCAAUCAUCGCCUCAAAGCAUGUCCUGGUGCCAAGCACAAAAGGCGUCUUCCCUGUGACUGCGAUCUCCCACGCUCAAGCUGGUCCCGAUGGCGAAAUACCAGCUCUUCGAGGAGGCGAAGUAGCUCGCAUCACGACUGGAGCACCUUUGCCGCCCGCCGCGACCGCUGUAGUCAUGGUUGAAGACACUGUUCUGCGCAGCAUGACCGAUGAUGGCAAGGAAGAAAAGGAGAUCGAGAUUUUGACGGAUGAGAUCGAACCUGGUGAGAAUGUGCGGGAGGUAGGUAGUGAUGUCAAGUCUGGAGAUGUCAUUAUGAAGAAGGGAGAAGGUAUCACUGCUAUUGGCGGCGAAUUUGGGCUGCUGGCGUCGGUGGGCACGCAAGAGGUAUCUGUCUAUCAGAAGCCUGUUGUUGGCGUUCUUAGCACUGGCGAUGAGAUUGUACCGCAUGAUCAGCCAAGGGACCUGAGGUUGGGCGAGGUGCGAGACACAAAUCGGCCGACGCUUCUUACUGCGGUCAAAGGCUCUGGAUUUGAGGCUAUCGAUCUUGGAAUUGCGUCUGAUAAGCCCGGCGCUCUCGAGCAGACUCUUCGAGACGCCAUGCGCAAGGUAAACGUCAUCAUUACUACAGGUGGCGUCUCCAUGGGCGAACUCGAUCUCCUCAAGCCGACAAUCGAGCGUUCGCUUGGCGGCACAAUCCACUUCGGCCGGGUCAGCAUGAAGCCAGGCAAGCCGACCACCUUCGCGACUGUUCCCUUUAAGUCGAACACAGGCUCUGAUGAGAAGAAAGUGAUCUUCUCACUGCCGGGAAAUCCAGCUUCAGCAGUCGUCACAUAUCACCUCUUUGUACUGCCGAGUCUCCACAAGAUGAGCGGUAUAAGUCCCGUCGGGCUGCCGAAGGUGAAGGUCGUGCUGGGCCAGGACAUCAAGCUGGACCCAAAGAGGAACGAGUACCAUCGUGUCAUGAUUACUGCCUGCAACGACGGACAGCUAUAUGCAACGUCCACUGGAUAUCAGCGAAGUUCUCGAAUCGGCAGUUUCAAAGGCGCCAAUGCGUUGCUGUGUCUGCCGGCGAAGGAGGGAUCUCUCAAGAAGGGCGAGAAGGUCGAUGCGCUUCUGAUGGGCAAGCUGGUAAGCGAGCUGGCGCCUCAGCUUUAG